AUGAAGUAUCUGGGACUGAUCCUGGACUCUCGAUGGGCAUUCAAACCAUACUUUGAAUUAUUGGCCGCCAGAUUAGGCUGCGCGGUGCAAAAUUUCGACCGCAUAUUGCCCAACCUUGGCGGCACGUGUGAGGGAGUGUGCCGCCUCUACAUGGGGGUGGUGCGCUUCAUCGCAUUGUACGGCGCGCCGGUGUGGUGCGGGCCUCUGGUGGCUAGCACGGGCAGCAUUGAACUUAUGCAUAGGAAACAACGCAGGAUGGCCAUCAGGAUGGCGAGAGCGUACCGCACCGUGUCGCGGGAGGUAGCUUGCAUGCUCGUGGGUUUAGUUCCGUGGGUGUACAUGGCACGCUUCCUGGAAGAGAUCGACUGGAAGGAGGAGCGGGCCCGCGGGGGCAAACCGGCAACGCGCAAGUCGAUGGAGGAGAGGAGGAACCGCGCAAAAAGGGACAAUCUCCGGCACUGGCAGGAGAGGUUCCUUCAUGCUAAAAUUAUAGAAGGAGGGUUCAGAGCGGAAAUGUACAACGCCAAAGCAAGGCGGCCUGGUUCAAGAAUGCGCUCACACAGAUAUGUGACGCGUCCAUGCCUCGCUGUCAAGCGUUGUCUCGCGGAGACAAAAAAAUGGUGUACUAGUGGACAUCGGAGAUUGCGGCCCUGA